GAUAAAAGCGGCUGCGUCCAAAGUGCGGGCGUACUCGUCAGUCGGCUAUCAUGAGGGUUGCUCUGGUUGUGUUGGGUUGCCUGGGGCUGGUGAUUGCUGACGUGCCGGCAUGGACCAAGUGUAGCGAAGCUUCGGAUGAGGUGUGCAGCAUCUCCGAGAUCCGUGUAGACCCCUGCAAGGACCCAAACGCGUGCAAGUUCAAAAAGGGAAAGCAGGCGACCAUCGACAUCGACUAUACCCCAAGUUUCGGCGGCGGCAAGAUCAAGACUGGUCUAUUCUGGGCGAGCCCCAACGGUGAUGUUCCGUUUGCUGAGCUCAACGACGCCGACGCGUGCCAGUUCACCGCGUGCCCGCUGCAGGCCAACACGCCAGCUCAGUUCCACUACGGCCUCUAUGUUGGCAAGAAGUUGCCCAGCGGCAACUACCCACUAAAAUGGAAGCUGUGGAAUGAAGAAGACCGCACCCAGUUCUGCUGCUUUAAGAUGAACGUCAAACUUGCCAAAUGAAACACAACUUGUAGCUAAGUUUCGUGGGCUUGUCGGGCAGCUAGUUGUGUUUAACUGAACGAAUAUACUUAAUUAUUUAAU